AUGCCUGAGAACUUUGGCAAAAUGGAGAAGCACAACGUGGCAUUGACCUAUGAUGAUGUGUACAUCAACUUCACUAAGGAAGAGUGGGAUUUGCUGAAUCCUGCCCAGAAGAAUCUCUACAAAGAUGUGAUGCUGGAGACCUACAGGAACCUAACUACUAUAGGAUACAUUUGGGAAGACCUUAACACUGAAGAGCAUUGUCAGUGUUCUAGAAGACAUGCAAGGAUUGAAAGAAAUCAAACUGGAGAGAAGUUUUCAGUAUAUUCUCACUGUGAUUUCAUAUCAAUAUUGAAUUGA